GCGGACAAAACCGAAGAAGAUAAGCAGAGAAUUGAUAAGAUGAUGAACGAUUUAGUUGCGUUGGUGAAUAAAAAAGACCGCCUUUCACAGAAGCUAAUAAGCCACGAAGCCGAAGAUGAAGAAAUGGGCGAAAGAGAUCGUUUGACUUUAGAAGCAGCAGCGAAUUUCUCACGUGGUGCCGAGCAGCCACUAUCAGCCUCCAAACGGCUAAUUACAUGGUUUCGAUCAGAAAUCAGCAGUUGA